UUAGAAAACAGGAAAGGGGGUUGGGGAUUUAGCUCAGUGGUAGAGCGCUUGCCUAGCAAGCGGAAGGCCCUGGGUUCGGUCCCCAGCUCCGAAAAAAAGAAAAAAGAAAAAAAAAAAAAAAAAAAGAAAACAGGAAAGGUCACGGUCUGUUUAUAGUAGGCAGACAGUCAGAUUCUACCAAACAAUGCCCUUUUUCUCGUAUGUAUUAUUACCAGUUAUGCCGGCUUCGUGACUUGGUUUGGAGUUUUUUUCCUUGCUCCUUCCCCCUCCUUCCCGGAGAGACAGGGAACGGGGUUUCUCUGUGUAGCCUUAGAUGCCCUGGAAUUCACUCUGUAGACCAGGCUGGCCUUGAAUUCACAGAGAUCCACCUGUUUCUGCCUCCCCAGUGCUGGGAUUAAAGAUGUGAACCACCAUUGCUAGGAGGUAUUUAUUGCUCUGCCCCAAGCUCACGUGUGCAUGUGUGCGUGCGUAUAUCUCUGUGUGAGUGUGUGUGUGUGUGUGUGUGUUUGUUUGUUUUCCUGUGUGUAUAUGUGUGUCUGUGCAUGUGUCUGUGUCUAUAUGUGUGAGAAGGAACAUGUGGAAGUCACAGGACAACCUCAUGGAAUUGAUUCUCCCUUCUUUCCAUGGGUUCCAAGAUUCAAACUCAGGUCUCUAGGCUUGUGUGGAAAUCUCCUCUACCCUCUGAGCCAUUUCACUUCCCCCUACUCCCCCUUUUUUUCCUGUUUUGAGGUAGGGCUUGUACCCUAGGCUGGUCUAGACCUUGCUGUGUGGUGCUGAUCUGGAACUUCUGCUUCUCCUACUAAGCCAUUGGUGUUGAGAUCACAGGGGUCCCCGCUGUGCCUGGUUUCAUAUGAUCAAACUUAGGGCUUCAUUCAUGCUAGGCAAGCAUUUUACCAACAUUGCAGCUCCUGACGCUGUGUCUGAAGUGUACUCAGCUAAAGGUGCAGGCUAUAAAGGACCCCAAGUUACUCUUAGAAAAUAUCGUCUGCUGUGUGCCUCCUUCCUGGCUGUGAAUCCGACUGAAACCGGAAGCCUGCUUGCUCUGCUUUUCGGGAUCAGGCCUCGAGGCUGGGGGUUCCUGUGGGGGUGCUGUCUGCCAGAGUGUUCGCUCACAGCGUGCAGCAGGUCUGCGUGGAGCCCAGCCACCCCGUGCUGCUCAGCCCGGAACAAAGUGAGAGGCUGUCUUCCUUGCUAGUGAGCGCUCAGCGCUUGUUGGCCCACAACAUGUUCUCCCGACUCACCUUCUGUCAAGAACUAUGGAAAGCACAGAACUCUUUGUUGCUGGAAGCUGUGUGGCGUCUUCACACACACCAUGUCGUGAGCCUACAAGAGUUACUGCAAAGCCAUCCUGACACGGAAGCCAUGACCACGUGGCUCUUCAGGAACCUACGCUUCCUGUGUGAGCUGAUAGGAGCAUCCUGCCCAUCCUCUGAUACUGUGGAAGCCAUGCUUUCUGGUCUUGUGCAACUGUUAAUUUCAUGGGGAUUUCAGGGAAGCUCAGAUCCAAGAAGACUCCUAGAGUCUGAAAAAAUUGAAAAGAUGCCUCAGGUCGCUGCUGAUGUUCUGCAGAGAAUGCUGGCUUUUUCACUCGAUACCCUGGAUGCUGAUUCGCAGACGACUUUGGAUCACCAGGCCGUGAGUGGCUGGAUCACUGUGUACUCUGGACGUACGUGCUGUGGUAUGAUAGCAGCUGAUUCUCUGAAGAGCUUCCUCAGUCACGCGCUAACUCAGAUUCUGACUCACAAGCCCGUGCUGAAAGUGUCUGACGCCAUUCAAAUGCAGAAAGAGUGGAGCUUUGCAAAGACACCCCAUCUGCUCAUUGAUCUGUACUGCAGGGUUUUUGUGACACUGGGUCCAGAGGAGUCAAUUGGCCAUUUGCAGGAAGUUCUGGAGCUGCAGGAGGUUAACUGGCAACACGUGCUGUCCUGUGUGUCUACACUGGUUGUCUGCUUUUCUGAGGCACAGCAGCUGAUUAAAGAUUGGGUGGCCUCUUUGAUGGCCCGGGCCUUUGAGAGCUACCACCUAGACAGCAUGGUCACUGCCUUCCUGAUUGUGCGCCAGGCUACUCUGGAAGGCCCCUACGUAUUCCCGUCCUACGCAGAUUGGUUCAAGGAGUCCUUUGGAAGCUCACAUGGCUACCAUAGCUGCAGCAAGAAGACACUGGUCUUCCUCUUCAAAUUCCUGUCUGACCUCGUGCCCUGGGAAGCCCCUCGGCACAUGCAGGUGCACAUUUUCCACCCACCCCUGGUGCCAAGCAAGUACCACUCUCUGCUCACAGACUACAUCUCCUUGGCCAAGACAAGGCUUGCUGACCUCAAGGUUUCCCUGGAGAAUGUAGGACUCUACGAGGAUUUGUCAUCCACCGGGGACAUUGCUGAGCGUGAGAGCCAGGCAGUCCAGGAUGUUAAGAAGGCCAUCAUGGUGUUUGAACAAACAGGGAAGAUCCCUAUGCCUGUCCUGGAGGCCAGUAUCUUCAGGAGGCCCUACUACCUGUCGCACUUCCUCCCUGCGCUGCUCGCACCGAGAGUGCUCCCGGAAGUUCCUGACUCUCGGGUGGCCUUCAUAGAGACCCUGAAGAGAGCAGAUAAGAUUCCCCCGUCGUCAUACAGUGCCUACCGCCAAGCCUGUGCCACUGCUGGGGACAAGCAGCCCGACAACACCACCUCGGGACAAAGGACAGAAACCAACUGUGCUGAACGGCCCCUGGGACUGCUCACGGCAGCACUGGAGGAGCUCAGAGCUCUAAUGACAGACCCCACCCAAUACAGUGUUAUAUCUGCUCAGGUGGCUGUGGUUUCUGAAAGACUAAAUGCUGCUCUGGGACACAGGAACGAUGAUGAUGUCAGCCUCCGGAGAUCAAAGAUUCAGCUCAGUGUCCUUCUGCCCACACUCCAGAGUCAGGACCAGGGGGUUGUGGAUCUCCUGCUCACAGCCUUCUGUCAGAACCUAAUGGCAGCCUGUAGCUUUGUGCCCCCAGAGAGGCAGAGCUCCUGGGCUGUCCUUUUCGUGAGGACCCUUUGUGGACACAUGCUCCUCCCGGCAGUGCUCACUCGGCUGUGCCAGCUGCUCCGCCACCAGGGUCCAAACUUGAGUGCCCCUCACGUACUGGGCUUGGCUGCUCUUGCUGUCCAUCUGGGCGAGUGCAGGUCCACACUUCCAGAGGUGGAUCCAGGUGUUCUCGCUCCUCCCAGCAGCCUCUGCGUCCCUGACUUCUUAAACAGCCUCCUGACCUGCCACACGAGGGACUCUCUGCUCUUCUGCAUGAAAUUCUGCACAGCAGCAAUUUCUUACUGUUUAUGCAAGUUCUCUGCUCAGCCCUCUGCUUCCCUGCACAAUUGUUUGUCUCCAGGUCUGAUCCAAAAGUUUCAGUUCAUUGUGUUAAGAUUGUUCCCAGAGGCCAGAGCACCUUGCAGUCCAGAGCACACAGCUCGCAUUCCCUGGAAACUUCUGUAUCUUCCUUCUGCAGACUGGCCGAGAGCUGCGCUCUCUCUGUGGAGAUGGAGCAGCUUCCAAGAGCUGUUAAAGGAGGAGGAAUUUCAUUUAACUUACAGAGAUUGGAUUCAGUUGGAACUGGAAAUUCAACCUGAAGCUGAUGCCCUCUCAGGCACAGAAAGACAUGACUUCCACCAGUGGGCAAUCUAUGAGCGCUACCUGCCAGCACCGUCAGCUAUGGGAGGCUGUGGUGGGGACCUGGAGGCGGCGUGCACAGUCCUUGUCAGCGAGCUCAUGGACUUCCACCAAAGGAGUUACAACCACUCAGAGGACUCUGAUCUGGUUCUUGGUGGCCGCACAGGAAACGAGGAUCUUCUUUCUAGACUACAGGAGAUGGCUAUGGACCUGGAGCUUGAUCAAGGUUCUGCUGUGCCCCGUGGCUGUUCUACUCCUGAGAGUCACUUUCUCUUUCGGGUGUUCAGAGGACGGCUGCAAGCUUUGGCAAGGCCAGGCAGCAUGGCUACCAGCCUUAGGAGACAGCAGGAACUGCUCAUAUGCAAACGGCUUCUCCUCCGUCUGCCUCCCUCUGUCCUUGUGGGCAGCCCCCAGGCCGGACAACCUGUCUCCCCGAACUGUGAAGAGUUCUUUAACCUGGUCACCUCUGGGUUGAGAAACAUCUGUUGCCACGGCAGUGUCCUGACCUACGACCUUACCAUCCACUUCUUCAGGGGGCUCCUCAAUGUGUGUCUCCGAAGUCAAGACCCGGCGCUGGUGGCCAACCGCACACUGGCAGAAUGCCAGACUAAGUGUCCCAUGAUUCUGACUUCAGCACUGCUGUGGUGGUCAAGCCUGGAACCGGUGUUGUGUAGUCAGUGGAAGAAAUGCUAUCAGAGCACACUGCCUCAAGAGCUGCAGAGGCUACAGGAAGCCCGGAAGUUUGCUAGCAAUUUCGCCUCCGAUUCAGCGGCCCCAGCACCCAGCCCCGCCUGGAUCUCAGCUGCUGCACUGUACUUUGCAACUAGAGAAGCUGGGAGGGAAAAUGUCACAACACAUCUGAAGAGGCUAGACUGCGAAAGAGAGGAGCUCCUGAUCACCCUCCUCUUCUUUUCCUUGAUGGGGCUACUCUCGUCCUACCUGACCCAACGGGACACCGCUGAGUACCAGAAGGCUGUGGACAUCUGUGCUGAGGUCCUCGCCUGUUUGGAAAGACGGAAGGUGUCCUGGCUGAUGCUCUUCCAGUUGGCAGAGACGGAUGCCAAGCUAGGGCACCUCCUUCUCUUGGCCCCAGACCAGCACACCAGGCUGCUACCACUUGCUUUCUACAGUCUCCUCUCCUGCUUCAGUGACGGUACCACUGUCAGGGAAGCAGCUUUCCUGCAUGUUGCGGUUGACAUGUACCUCAAACUGGUACAGCUCUUUGUGGAUGGGGAAACCAGGAUUGUGUUACCUCAGGCCAGCAGAAGCAUCUCCGAGCUCCAGGAUAGCCCUGUACAACUGAUAACAAAGGCACGCAGUUUUCUGUUGCAGCUAAUACCUCAGUGUCCGAGACAGUGCUUCUCCAACAUGACAGAGCUGCUGGCUGGUCGAGGAGACUGUGACCCUGAGGUGAGCAACGCCCUCCAGCAAAGGCAGCAGGCUGGCCCCAGCUUUGACCUCUCCCAGGAGCCUCAUCUGUUCUGACGGCACCGGUCUCAGGCACCAGCCGCACCUUUGUGAAUAAUUUAUUGCAAGCAUAACAUGGAGUUCUUGUUACACUAGAAAGUGGAUUACAAAUCUCCUCGACUGCUCUGGUUAGGAAAAGAGAAAUUAAUUAUUCAUAAUCUGUGUCUGGCCUUAUUGUUCGGUGUCCAUAGGAAAAUAAAACUGCUGGUACCACAGCGGGUUGAAGUACACGCUCUCAGCCCGAGAGAGGUGCCCUCCACCAUAUGGCUGCUGGCUCUGUGAGUGGGUGUAGCACGGGAUCCAACAAGCAAGCAGAACUGUGCCAGGGGGGGAGUGAGGAACGUGAGUGGAACUGUCCUUGACCUCACAUCACGGCUGCGUUCCAGCUGCUCCACGUCCAGCGGUCUGUCCGCCUGCAGUCAGUCCUCAGGUCGGCUCGGGCUUCACAGCCUGGCCCUCCACGGUCCCAGCGAGGCUCAGAGGCCCAGGUGGUGGCUCUGCUUCCAAAGGCAGGGCUUGGGUCUGGGUCAGAGGAUGGACCAUGGACAUAUGCACGUUGAGGUUGUGGGCUUUUUCAAACCGCCGGCCGCACUGGUCACAGGCGAAAUCCAGCUCAGUCUCUGCUUUGUGUUUGGUCAUGUGGUACUUGAGGGACGCUCGUUGCCUGCACUGGAACCCACAGACCUCACACCUGGAGGGCAGAGGCAGGUGAGGUAAGCUGCACCUUGUCCCAGGCAUAGGAAGUGCCCAGCCCACACUUACUGCAGUGGCUUGGCUCCUGAGUGGCGCAUCUGGUGGACAAGAAGGUGCUUCCGCUGCUUGAAGGUCUGCCCACAUUCGUCACAGAUGUAAUUGCGUACCUCUGCAAGACCAGAGCGGAUGUGAGCACCAGAGCCGGCAAAACCCAAUCUGCUCCAGGGGAGGUGAUAGUUAUCACUGUUCUAAACAACACGAGGGUGUCCCCAGGCGGGGGCCUUUGGGAACCCACAUGAUUUAAAAUGAAAGGCAAUUCUGAUAUGGAGAACUUCACUAAUAAGUUCCUGACUGAACAAUGGUGGCACACGCCCACGUCCCAGCGCUUGGGAAGCAGAGACAGGUCGAUCUCCAAGUUCAAUGACAGCCUGGUCUAGGGAGCAAGUUCUAGGACAGUCAGGAUUACACAGAGAAACCCUACCUCAAAAAACCAACAUUUCUAAUAUAAACUGUUUUCAUUAUAGAAGAUUUCCAGGUUCCUCAGAACACUGUCACAUGGCUAGGUCUUCACCACAGAAAUUGUGCGUUUCAAACCUUUUUGUUUGUUUCUGAGCCAAGAUCUCGCUGUGUAGCCAUGACUGGCCUUCCAGAGAGAUAUGCCCAGCCUGGCCUGUGGAAGCACAGAUCUCUCUAGAAGUCGUCCCAAAGUGAGGCCCCAGACAGUGCAGAGAACGUUUCUGGUGGAGGGAAGUGGUUUGAUGCACUUUGGAAACCAGCUUCUCACACUCGUCAACAAAAGCUUUAGCCACAUCAGUAUGGUGGCUCACACCUGCAACCUCAGUGCUCCAUGGUUCAAGACCUCUGCUGUAUAUCAGACUCGAGGCCAGCCUGAACCACACGAAACUCUCAAAAACAGCAAAAGCCAUGGAGAAGGCUCAGCAGGUAGAGUCUUGCCUCCAAGACUGAGGACUCCAUCCCAGAUCCCACGGGGUAGGGUUGACGCCUACCAGCUGUCCCGUGCUCCGCACACGUGCCGUGCGUGCCGUGUGUCCCAUGCUCUGCAUGCGUGCUAUGCGUGCCGUGCGUGUUUCCAUCUAUACACCAGGGCUGCACAGCACUAAGCACCAAUUGUUCCAACCCAUGCUGCCUACACCUACAAAACGCCUGGCCUCUUCAGCUAAACUACUGAAGAGUGUAUUUCACCUCGUUUUGUUUUUUGAAGCAGGCUUCUCUGUAUAGCCCUGGCUGUCCUGGAACUCUUUCUAGACCAGGCUAGCCUUGAACUCAGAGCUCUUCCUGUGUCUCCCUCCCAAGUGCUGGGAUUAAAGGCAUGGGCCACCACCAUCCUGCUGUUUCCCCUCUGCAGAAAGCGGCUGCUCUGUGCACUGUGACAGGCUACAGAGCUGGACGACCUAGACCAAAGGGAGUUACUCUAGCAGGAGGCAUGCCCAAAGGCUUAGCAAGGACAACUGACAUUCAGCUGGAUCUCAUCACAAAACCAAGUAAAUGAUCCAUCAAUAAAAUGCCUAAACGGUAAUGUGAAAAA